UUGAGUUUUUACAAGAUGGAUCAGGGAAGAAAACAAAGAAAAAGAAAGAAAAAGAAAUACGUGUUGGAUUCUUUCAGCUGUUCCGCUAUGCUUCCACGAAGGACAUGGUCAUGAUGAUAGUUGGGGCUGUGUGUGCAUUAGUCCAUGGGGCCGCCCAACCCAUAAUGCUUUUUGUCUAUGGACUAAUGACUGACAUAUUUAUUGCAUAUGACAAAGAAACCCAAGUGCUUCAGGAUGUCAACAAAACUUGUAUCAAUGACAAAGUCAGCUGGGUCAAUGGCACCAUCUUCGAAAUGGAUAACUCUACGGUGUCUUGUGGGAUAAACAUAGAGACUGAGUUGACCCAAUUUGCCUACUACUACGUUGCUAUUGGAGUGAUAGUUCUGGUGAUCAGCUACUUUCAGAUUUCUCUAUGGGUUAUUGCUUCUGCACGUCAGAUACAGAUAAUUCGGAAAGAAUAUUUCAGGAAAAUAAUGAGGCUUGAUAUAGGCUGGUUCGACUGCAACUCUGUUGGAGAGCUGAACACAAGGAUUUCAGACGACAUUAACAAAAUUAACAAUGCCAUCGCUGAUCAGGUCGCAAUCUUCAUUGAACGCAUUUCCACAUUCGUAUUUGGGUUCCUUAUUGGAUUUAUUGGAAACUGGAAACUAACGCUGGUUAUUGUAGCUGUGAGUCCUCUGAUUGGUUUAGGGGCAGGUUUAAUGGCGCUGGCUGUUGCAAGACUGACUGGCAGAGAGCUGAAAGCAUACGCCAAAGCAGGGUCCGUGGCCGAUGAAGUGCUCUCGUCCAUCAGAACUGUGGCUGCCUUUGGUGGAGAGAAAAAAGAAGCUGACCGAUAUGACAACAAUUUAGUGGCUGCCCAGGCCUGGGGUAUUAGGAAAGGCAUGAUCAUUGGCUUCUUUCAGGGAUACAUGUGGUGUAUUAUAUUCCUAUGCUACUCUUUGGCAUUUUGGUAUGGAUCCAAGCUGGUAAUUGAAACAGAGGAACUCUCACCGGGAAGUCUUCUUCAGGUAUUCUUUGGUGUUCUGGUUGCUGCCAUGAAUCUUGGACAGGCCUCUCCAUGCUUGGAAGCAUUUGCUUCUGGGAGAGCAGCUGCAACGAUUAUUUAUGAGACCAUAGAAAAGACUCCAGUAAUUGACUGUAUGUCCAGUGAAGGACACACAUUAGAUCAAGUGAAGGGCGUUAUUGAGUUCCAUGAUGUGGAUUUCAAUUAUCCGUCGAGGCCAGAAGUGAAGAUCCUUAAAAAUCUCAAUAUCUGUAUUAAGCCUGGGGAGACCACAGCUUUUGUUGGGCCUAGUGGCUCUGGAAAAAGUACCGCAGUACAACUCAUCCAAAGAUUUUAUGACCCUUCAGAAGGAAAGGUCACCUUAGAUGGACAUGACAUCCGCACACUUAACGUUCCGUGGCUGCGCUCCCUGAUUGGAAUAGUGGAACAGGAACCAGUGCUAUUCGCUACAACCAUUGCCGAAAAUAUUAAGUACGGAAGAGAGGGGGUCACCAUGGAUGAUAUUAUCCAAGCGGCAAAGGAAGCUAAUGCCUACAACUUCAUCAUGGAUUUACCAGAGAAAUUUGACACGUUGGUUGGAGAAGGUGGAGGACAGAUGAGUGGAGGCCAGAAGCAGAGAAUUGCCAUUGCCCGGGCCCUUGUCAGAAACCCCAGAAUCCUCCUCCUUGAUAUGGCCACAUCUGCUCUGGAUAAUGAGAGUGAAGCGGUGGUACAGCAAGCACUGAAUAAGGUACGUAGCGGAAGGACCACCAUUUCCAUAGCUCACCGUCUCUCCACGGUCCGGAAUGCAGAUAUAAUUGUGGGAUUUGAUGGUGGAAGAGCAGUGGAGAUGGGGACUCAUGAAGAACUGCUGAAGAUUAAAGGAGUUUACUUUACUUUAGUCACUCUGCAGAAUCAGAAUACCUCAGCAGAAAAAGUUGCAGAUGAAAUCCCUGUAGUGGAGAAGACGAGGACGUUCAGCAGAGGAAGCUACCAGAAAAGUUUCAGGGACUCCAUUCGGCUUCGUACAAGAUCCCAGCUUUCUAAUCUCUUUCCUGAUGCCUUGUCUGGCACUGUAAAUGGGUCACCUGGCCUAACAGAGGAUAUUGAAGAGACAGAGCAACUUGAUAAUUUACAGUCCAAAAAGAAGAACAAGAAGAAAAAGAAAAACGAGAAGAAUGUUGUCAUGAGGAUACUGAAGUACAAUGCUCCGGAAUGGCCCUACCUUGUUUUCGGAUCUAUAGGAGCAGCUAUUAAUGGAACUAUGACACCGCUUUAUGCUCUUCUGUUCAGUCAGAUACUAGGGACUUUUUCGCUGCCAGAUAAAGCUCAGCAAACUAAAGAGAUUAAUGGGAUCUGCGUUCUGUUUGUCAUCAUUGCUUGCGUUUCAUUCAUCACCCAGUUUUUACAGGGCUUUGUUUUUGCCAAAUCUGGAGAGCUUCUCACCCGGAGAUUGAGGAGAGUAGGUUUUCAGGCUAUGCUUGGUCAGGAAAUAGGAUGGUUUGAUGAUGUGAAAAACAGUCCUGGAGCUCUGACCACCAGACUUGCCACUGAUGCAUCCCAAGUUCAAGGGGCCACUGGUUCCCAGAUAGGAAUGAUUGUGAAUUCCAUAACAAAUAUCGGGGCUUCGCUGAUCAUCGCGUUCUACUUUAGCUGGAAGCUGACUUUAGUUGUUUUGUGUUUCCUUCCUUUAAUCGGACUGUCCGGGGUUUUUCAAGCUAAAAUGCUGACGGGGUUUGCAAAUCAAGACAAAAAAGCUUUGGAAGAAGCUGGAAAGGUCUCCAGUGAAGCUAUCGGUAAUAUUCGCACGGUUUCAGGACUGGGAAAGGAAACUAUGUUUGUACAAAUCUAUGAGAAGGAGCUGGAGAUGCCGUACAAGGCGGCAGUCAAAAAGGCUCACGUUUAUGGCGCCUGUUUUGGCUUUGCCCAGUGCGUCAUUUUUAUGGCCUAUGCAGCCUCGUUCAGAUUUGGAGGAUUUUUAAUUAAUACGGACGGGAUAAACUAUACUGUGGUUUUCAGAGUCGUAUCCGCCAUAGUCACAAGCGGCACUGCCCUGGGAAGGGCGUCAUCCUUCACUCCGGAUUACGCCAAAGCAAAAAUUGCAGCUGGACAAUUCUUUAAAUUAUUGGACCGAAUCCCUAAGACCAGCAUCUACAGCACAGAUGGUGAUAAAUGGAACAAUUUCAAGGGAGACGUUGAAUUCGUAAGUUGCAAAUUUACCUACCCCAGCCGUCCGGUGACAAUGGUGUUACAAGGUCUUUCGGUUAAAGUCAAAUCUGGCCAGACGCUUGCAUUUGUGGGCAGCAGUGGUUGUGGAAAAAGUACAAGUGUCCAGUUACUGGAGAGAUUCUAUGAUCCAGAUGAAGGAAAAGUGCUUGUGGAUGGACGUGCAUCUACCAACAUAAACAUAUCAUUUUUGAGAAGCAAGAUUGGCAUAGUGUCCCAGGAGCCUGUGCUAUUUGAAGGAAGCAUUGCAGACAAUAUCAAGUAUGGCGAUAAUGCUCGAGACGUCUCCUCGGAGGAAGUGAUUGAGGCUGCAAAGAAGGCGCAGUUGCAUGAGUUUGUCAUGUCUCUGCCAGAUAAAUAUGAAACAAAUGUUGGGAUACAAGGAUCGCAGCUGUCCCGGGGACAGAAACAGCGUAUUGCCAUAGCCAGAGCAAUAGUCAGAGAUCCUAAAAUUCUGCUUUUGGAUGAAGCUACCUCCGCCUUAGACACUGAAAGUGAAAAGACUGUACAGGAAGCACUGGAUAAAGCAAGAGAGGGCCGUACCUGCAUUGCCAUUGCUCAUCGAUUAUCUACCAUUCAGAAUUGUGACAUCAUCGCCGUCAUGGCACAAGGCGCUAUCAUUGAACAGGGAAAUCAUGAAGAACUUAUGGCUCGCAAAGGAGCCUAUUACAAACUGGUCACUACAGGAGCACCCAUAAGUUAGAUACACUGUACCACCAGAUUCAUAUUCCAAUUCAGUACCUCAACAAUAUAUAUAUUUAUAAAUACAUAAAUAUAUAUAUAUAUAUAUUUU